GGCUUUUACUGCGUUCAAAUUCCGUUCAUGAUACCGUUAUUUGCUUUUAUUUUACCAGAGUGUAUCACAGGAACUUUAUCUCUCCGCAAGAGUCCGCUCAAAGGUUUAUUUGACAUAUCAGAGCCAGGAUGGCGUCGUCAUGUGUUCAGUUUCACACAGUCUGCAGUGGAUUCCACUGAAGCUCCGGCCACUGCCGACACACAGAGUGAACCACCAUGGCGGAGGCAGGGCUGCCUCAAUCAGAGCAGCACAUCGGGAGCAAGAUUGAAGAAACGCGACAGAGGUUUAAAAGCGAGUAUGUUGAAGAGUCCACAGAUAAAUACGACCCAAGAGAUGUGGAGAAACUCUUGCGAGAUGAUGCCCUGGCUGAAGCUUACCUCACAUGGAGGCAGUUCGUUGUGGAGGACACCUUAAAAAUGAUCGAUGAGAGCUUACAGUGGAGGAAAGAGUUUAACGUGAAUGACGUCACAGAGAGCAGUAUUCCUCGCUGGAUGUUUGAGAGCGGCGCGGUUUAUCUGCACGGAUACGACAAAGAGGGAAACAAACUCUUCUGGUUCAAAGUGAAGCUUCACGUUAAGGAUACAAAGACGGUUUUGGACAAGAAGAGGUAUGUGGCGUUCUGGUUGGAGCGCUAUGCCAAACGUGAACCCGGAAUGCCGCUGACGGUUGUGUUCGACAUGUCUGAGUCCGGCCUCGGUAACAUCGAUAUGGACUUUGUGAAGUAUAUCAUUAGUUGCUUCAGAGUGUACUAUCCAAAGUUUCUCUCUAAAAUGAUCAUGUACGACAUGCCUUGGAUCAUGAAUGCUGCUUGGAAGAUUGUGAAGACGUGGUUGGGCCCUGAAGCCAUCAGUAAACUCAAGUUUGUCUCCAAGAGUGACAUCCAGAUGUAUAUUGACCCCGAACACCUGCCACCGCACAUGAGCGGGACGGACCAAUUCAAAUACAGUUAUCCGCCUCUUCCGGACGAUGACUUCCAGUCUCCGAUCUGUGAGAAUGGUCCAGUCGUCAGUGAAGACGAGAGCGACAUCAAAGAUCUCGAAUCCGAAUCAAAAGAGGCCCUAGAGUCGAGUUUCAACUCCGAGCAAACAAUCAAACCCAAAAAGGUCAAUUUUCAGGAGGACAGUCUGAAGUCAGAAGAUCUGGACAGAAGCGACGGGUCUGUUCGACUGAGGGCGGCGAGAAAACCCACGUCCACAUUCAAGGGCACUUUAAUACACAUCAGUCCAGCAGAAGAGCUCAGUUUUGGUGCUAAAGAAACAGAGAAGAAAUGUUUGAUCAUCCUCAACAAUGUCAGCAAGAACCAUGUGGCUUUUAAGGUUCGGACAACAGCUCCAGAGAAGUACCGUGUUAAACCCAGUAACAGCAACUGUGAGCCUGGAGCCAGUGUGGACAUCGUAGUUUCACUACAUGGAGGGUUCCAGGCGUCACCGCAGGACCGGUUUCUCGUCAUGGCAGCAGAGAUGGAGGCGAGUGCUGGAGCUGCAAUUCCUGAUUUGGCUCAAUUCUGGAAAGAAGUUUCCAAAUCCAAAAUCAUGGAGCAAAGGUUACGAUGUCACAUUCUAGAGAGUCCCAAGCUCAUUCAUAGUAAUUCAUUUGAAAGUCCAUCAGUCACACCAACCAAUGAGCAUCAAGACCUGCAGACGAUGUUGAUGCGAGUGAUGAUGGCUAAUUCCCGUUUGGAGCAGAAACUGGAGUCGUGUCUCUGGGUGCAGAAAGUUCUCGUGGUUCUGGUGUCGUUUCUACUGGCAUUUAACUUAAUCACGGUAUACUCACUGUGGACAUCAUAAACCACGGUAAAGACUGAAGGACCGAGAUGCUCGACUGGUUGGAUGUUAACGUGAGGACACUGUAGGGACGCUGUGGAACAUAGUGAACUUCACAUUCUGCUCUGGUCCAAAUCUGCAUAUGCAUACAUUAUAUAUAUAUAUAUAUAAAGCAAAAGCUCAAAGCUAAAUAAUGUAUUUUUAUCACUUAUCGCCAGAAUAAGCAAAGGUUUAAUUUAUAAAACAUGUUGUGUAGAAAGUCUUAAGAUUAUGCAAUUGUAAUUAACUUAAUUUGAUUUUAAUAUAUAGUAUUUUUUUUUUUAAGUAUGAAUGUAUGAACAUUAAAAUGACCAUUUGUAUUGCACGCCACUAUCAUUUGCCCUUUUUUGGUCUAAAUACGAUACUUGACAGAUUUAAGCAGAAUUGUCCUCUAGUAUGAAAGUAUCACUUUAUAUUUUAACACCGUUUUUAAAUUCAGAUUAUGGGAAGUUUAAUUAAAUAUGCUUUCUUGAGAGAUUUUGUGCAUUACUUCCUACAAAUAUGUACAUUAACUACUUUAUAUUACCUUCAGUUUAAUUACCCAGAGCACGUGUGUAUAAAAGUCAAAGGAUAUUUCAGCUCUGUAGGUCCAUACAAUGCAAGUGAAUGGUGACCAAAAAGCACAUAAAGGCAGCUUAAAAGUAAUCCAUACGAAUCCAGUGGUUUAAUCCAUGACUUCAGAAGUGUUCAGAUAAAACAAUACAUUGUACAUAUCACUGCAAUCAGUAAAAACAUCAAACUGAUCAAAUAUUCAUGUGUCAUAUGUUGUUGGAAAUCUCAUAAAAAGUAAAAUACAACCAGACUAUUUGUGUUACUCUCAGACACAAAUAUAGUGAAUAACAGCUAAAUAUAUGUCUUUGACAAUUAGUGUUGGUGCUGCUUAUAUGCAGCGUUUUUUUCUUAUAACUUCAUAAAAAUAAACAGAAUAUCACAUACGAUUAUUUAGA